CGGGAGUACACCGGUUGUUGCGGGCCUGUCGGAGGAUCUUUAAAGUUCCUGCAGUGUGAGGGGAGAGAAGAGAGCGAUAUUCCUGGAAGAGUCACCUAACUGGACCUGAGGUCUGAGGACCUUCAUGGAGGUACUAAAGAUGGCAGCUUUUGGAAAAACUCUCCUUACUUUAGUAGCAGUCCUUCUGCACGUGCCGAGAAGCCAGGGAGGUAUGGGAAAAGGAAAAGACAGCUCGCCUCUGAGGUUCACGCACCAUCUCUACAACGCCACCAUCAACGAGAACUCGGCCCCACGGACGUACAUUGAGACGCCGGUGAAGAUGGGCAUUGAAGUGACAGAUCUGUUCUGGGACAUCAAAUAUAACGUGGUCUCAGGUGAUGACGAUGGCCUUUUCCAAGCAGAAGCAGUUAAAGUUGGGGAUUUCAGUUUUUUGAGGAUCAAAACACGCAGCAGUAAUUCCGCACUCCUCAACAGGGAGGUCAGAGACACUUACACUCUCACUGUGGAGGCAACUGAAAACACUUUUGACUUCCAGGCAAAGACAAAGGUGUUCAUCCAGGUGCUUGACACCAACGACCUAAAGCCUCUCUUCUAUCCUGCCUCGUACAACGUGGCCAUCAGGGAGGACACUCAGCUUAAGUCAAGUGUGGUCAGGGUUGGUGCUACAGACGCCGACAUUGGGAGCAACGCUGAGUUUUAUUACUCUUUCACCAGCAGAUCUCAUCCCUUUGUCGUCGACCCUUUUACGGGCACAGUCAGCCUCGCCAAGAAGCUCAAUCACACCCGCACAGAGAGGUACGACCUCACAGUUUUAGCUGAGGACAGGACAAAGAAGAUAUCUGGCAUUCAGAAAUUUGGUAAUGUUGCAAGAGUUACAGUAAACAUACAAAAGAUGUCCACGGGGUCUCCAGUCAUCACACCUGCCCCCAAACCCACUUUCUCUACAGACGGUAAAAUCACUAUCAAUGUCCAUGUGGAGGCAGGAGUUAAGCCUGUGGAAUCCCUCAAUAUUGUUGGAGGGGAUCCUCACAAGUGUUUUGAGAUAAUCCCCCUCGGGGCGCAGGGCAGUGACUUCCAAGUGAUCUCUACAAAGAGGAUUAUCUGGUCUCAAACUCCUUUUGGGCUGAAUCUGUCCCUUCAAGCUAAAGACAGGAGCAUCCCAAGUUUACUCUCUCCAAUUACACAAAUCCACGUCCCGGCAUAUCAUUACACCCCACUGGCAUUUUUUGAAGACACCUACAUUGUCACAGUGAGUGAGUUUUCACCCCCUAAAACUUAUGUAGUAAAAGUUUCUGUCACCUCCGUACCUUAUAAUGUUUCCUUCAGUAUUAAAAAUAAUCAGGACAGCACUAAAUUCAAGAUAAAUCCAAAAACAGGAAUUAUCAUAACAACCGAGAAAUUUGACUAUGAGGUAAAGAAUCGUUAUGAGUUUGAUGUCGUGGCCAAUCAUGGAGAAGCUGAGACUCACAUAGUGGUUGAGGUUACGGAUGAAAACGACAACAGCCCACAGUUCGCCCGCACCACCUAUCAGGCCACACUGGAUGAAAACACCCCCGUUGGCAGCAGUGUUCUGAAAGUAGCCGCCACAGACAAAGAUAAAGGCAAAAAUGGCUUCGUGACCUAUGCUAUUGCCAACCCAGGCCCCUUACCUUUCACAAUAGACCCAUUCACAGGUGUCAUCUCAACCUCCGAACACAUGGACUACGAGCUGAUGAAACGGCGUUAUCACCUGAGAGUUUGGGCAUCAGACAGCGGCAGCCCCUUCAGUCAGGUGAGCGAGUGCCCCGUGACGAUAACGCUGAACAAUGUCAAUGAUAAUAUCCCUCUGUUUGAGAGGGUGGGCUGCAACACCACUGUACCUCUGGAUUUACCUGUGGGGCACACAAUCGCUGAGCUGUCAGCCAUUGAUUUAGAUGAGCUGCAGCAGCUGAGGUAUGUCAUCGAGUCAGGAAAUGAGCUCCAAGUAUUUGGUAUUGAUCCUGUGUCAGGAGCCAUCACCCUUAGGCAACCGAUUCCCCUGCGAGCAGGUUCGUUCACUUUGAGAGUUGUAGCCACUGAUGGCAGACAUCACUCUGAAGCUUCAGUUGUCAGGGUAACCGUCACUAACAGAGGCGAUGAUGCGACGGUGCACUGCCAGGAAACGGGCAUUUUCAAACAGCUGACUGAUAAACUGAUAGAGUCGAUCAAACCCAUUUUGACCAAUCAAGAGGAAGACACAUUCUCCGAUAUUCACAUCACCAACCGGCAUUCUCCCAAGUUUGACUUGAGCCUCCCGAGUUCAGUUGACCUCACUGAGGACCAUCCACUGAAUUCCACCAUUGUUCAGUUCAAGGCAACAGACGCUGACACUGGGUUUAAUAGCAAGCUUGUGUACGCCAUAUCAAGCGGGAAUGAGGAUGGCUGUUUCUCCAUUGAUACCUUUUCUGGUGACCUUCAGUUAGUUUGCCCAUUGGACAGAGAGAGUAAAGAGUUCUACAUCUUGAACAUCACUGUUUAUGAUUUGGGAACUCCGCAAACAUCUGCAUGGAAGUUCGUUGCAGUGAAUGUCAUAGACGUCAACGACAAUCCUCCCGUUUUUGAUCAGCCUAGAUAUGUGAUACAUGUGCCUGAAAACACAGAGGUGGACUCCAUUGUUUUCACAGCUCAUGCAAUAGAUCUUGACACAGAUACCAGCGGUAAUGUCCAAUAUUACCUGCUGACGUCCACUGACAUGUUCAGAAUUGAUGAAGUGAGUGGUGAGGUGACGGUGACGGGUCGUUUGGAUCGAGAAACCUCACCCAGGCACGACCUCUGGAUCGAAGCUAGAGACCAAGCCAGACCUGGCCCUCAGUUGUUCUCCACUAUUGACCUUGUGGUGGUUUUGCAAGACAUAAAUGACAACCCACCUAGGUUUGUACCCAAAGUUUACAAAAUUAAAGUUCCGGAGGAUGUACCUGUUGGCACCCUCCUAGUCUGGAUCGAGAGUGUCGACUUGGAUCUGGGCAGUGGAGGCCUAGUCACCUACAACCUCAAGAAUACAGAGGGCGGGAUCUUUCAUCUGGACUCCUCCACGGGUGGCUUGACCCUCGAGAGGGAGCUGGACUUUGAGAGGCGGCCAAUUUACAACCUCACAGUUCGGGCCGUCGAUCACGGUCUCCCUCGUUCCCUCUCCUCCUCCUGCUUUGUGGAGAUUCAUGUUCUGGAUGUCAAUGAAAAUCUCCACAGGCCAGUCUUUUCAGAGUUUGUGUAUGAAGCUGGAGUGAUGGAGGAUGCAGCAGUGGGGACAUCAGUGGUCACGCUGACAGCUUCAGACAAGGAUCUGGGAAGAGAUGGAGUUGUCAGGUACCACAUCCACGAAGGCUCUGGUCUGGGAGUGUUCACCAUUGAUGAAGAAACAGGUGUAAUUCGUACAACAGAGACGUUGGACCGUGAGAUGAUGCCUCACUACUGGCUUUCUGUCUACGUCACUGAUCUGGGCACAGAGCCUCUGAUCUCCUGGACUCACGUCUUCCUGGAGGUCCUGGACGUUAACGAUAACGCUCCGGAACUGUCUCAGCCGGUAUAUUUCGCUUCCGUCCAGGAGAACGUGGACAGGGUCAAGUCCGUUGUCCAGGUGUCGGCCACAGACUUAGAUACGUCCUCUGAGGGGAAGCUGUCCUUCCAGAUGCUGGAAUCUCACCGAACGUACUUCGAUGUGGAUCCCGCAACAGGUGUUAUCAGCACUCUCUCAGCCUUGGAUCGGGAGGAUAAACCAGAACACAGUGUCGAGGUAAUCGUGUCAGAUAACGGAUCUCCGGCUUUGCGUUCCACCGCCACCGUCGUGAUCCGAGUUCUAGACGCCAACGACAACCGGCCGAAGUUCACAGACAAACUUUUCCACGUCAAGCUGCCUGAGCAGCGCCACCAGGAAGGUAAACAGGAAGUCUGCAGGAUGGUCGCCCGCGACGACGACGAGGGCCCAAACGCCGUGGUGACCUACAAGCUCCAAGACAACAAGGAUGAGCGCUUUGAGAUCGACUCGGCGACGGGCGUGGUGACAUCGCACGGCGAUUUCUGGCCUGGAAACUACAGCAUUCUCACGAUUAAAGCUACAGACCAGGGCAGCCCGUCACGCUCGUCCACGGCGAGACUAGACAUCGAGUGGAUCGCCCGCCCGCCGCCCUCCGCCGAGCCAAUCACGUUUGACGAGCCCCACUUCACCUUUGCCGUCAUGGAAACGGAGCCCGUCACUCACAUGGUGGGCAUCAUCAUGACGGAGACGCAUCUGAGGCAGAGGUGGUUCGAUAUCACAGGUGGUGAUGAGGAAAAGGACUUUGACAUCCAGAGAAAUACAGGAACCAUCUCGAUCGCACGCCGGCUCGAUGCGGCUCGACGCGCCAACUACAACAUGACGGUGCGGGUCACCGAUGGCCACCACAGCGCCACCACACAGGCCUACAUCCGUGUGCUGGACAUGAAUGAGCAUCGUCCCGUCUUCCUGAAGCAGCUGUACGAGGUGAGGGUUCCUGAGGAUACCUCCCCUUGGAAGGACAUCCUGCAGAUCAGCGCACAGGACGCCGACACCAACAGUAAACUGGUGUACUCCAUCCACAGCAGCCUGCAUCCAGACAGCACCAAAUUCUUCCACCUGGACCCAAAGAGCGGAGUCCUGGUGAUGACGGAGGAGCUUGACUACGAGACGAUCUCGGUUCAUACACUCAUUGUGAUGGUGCGUGACCAGGAGAUCCCAGUGAAGAGGAACUUUGUGAAGGUGGUGGUUCACGUGGAGGACUGCAACGACCACUCGCCGGUUUUCCUCAGCCCCCGCUACGAGGCCAGCAUCUCCAACCAGGCCCUUACAGGCUCCGAGGUUGUCCGGGUCAAGGCCCUGGACAAGGACAUGGGCAGCAAUGCUGACAUCAGCUAUUCUCUUCACUCAGGGAAUAUCGACAACAUCUUUUCCAUAGAUCCAGAGCUGGGCUCCAUCAGUGUGUCCAAACCUUUGGACCUUCAGCCUCAGGACCAGUUCCACUUGACAGUAAAGGCUACUGACCAGGGCUUCCCUCAGCGCAGUGACCUCUGCUCUGUCCACGUCCACAUCCGCAUCUCCGACCAAACCCCACCAGCCUUCACCUUGGAUGAAUACCUAACAGAGAUCAGUGAAUUAAGCACCCUCGGAACACCAGUGGUCACCAUCUCAGCCUCCAGCCCUACUGCAGUGCAUUAUGGGAUAGAAAGUGGCAACCCAGAUGGGAUAUUUCAUAUCAACCCCAACAGUGGGUUGAUUUCAAUCCAAAAGCACCUUGAUUUUGAGAACUGUGCCUCCUACAAGCUCAAAGUUACUGCUUCCACCACAGCCGGAGCCUUGUCCAAGACCCUUGUUUAUAUCUAUGUAAUUGACGAGAAUGACAAUGCUCCUGUUUUUCAGCAGAAGGAGUACAUGGGACAAAUAAGUGAGUCAGCUCACAUCAACAGCAUGAUUAUGGGAGAAAGAAACACCCCUUUGGUCAUCCAGGCCUCAGAUGCAGAUAGAGAUGCAAAUUCUCUGCUGGUGUAUCAGAUCCUUGAACCAGAUGCCCUGAACAUCUUCAAGAUAGACUCGAGUAUGGGCACCAUUUCUUUAAUUGCACCAGUUGACUUUGAAGCCAAGGCAGAGUAUCACUUCAGCGUGCAGGUAAAGGACUCCGGGGAGCCAUCACUGUAUGCAGCAGAGCCUGCCAAGGUCACUGUUCGCGUCCUGGACCUGAAUGACUGCCCACCACAAUUCACCUCCCCAGUGUACGAGCCAUCCAUCAUCUUCCCAGCUGUCACAGAUACAGAGGUUGUGCGCAUCAUGGCCCAUGACGCCGACUCGGCAGUCUCAUACAGCAUCACUGAGGGGAAUCUUCACAAUGCCUUUUCAAUUCACCCCAAUACUGGAGUCAUCACCGUAAGCAAUGUGUCUGAAUUUAAGCCAUUUUACCAACUGGUUGUCAAAGCCUCCGACGGCCUCUACAAAGACUUAGCUACCGUCAAGGUAAACGUGACAAACCUGACAGCCAGUGAUCUUGAAUUUGAGCAGAAAGUGUAUUCAGCUAGCGUAACAGAAAACCUAAAGACAGUCAAAACGUUGGCAGCACUCAAAACCACAGGCUGUUAUUUAAAUGAGCCUCUUUCGUAUUCUGUGGUAAACCCAAUGGGAAAGUUUGUCAUUUCCCAGACGUCAGGUGUACUUGAAACAACAGGUAUCCCUUUUGACCGAGAGGAACAAGAUGUUUAUGAUGUAGUGGUGCAGGUACAAGACAUGAGAACUCCACCUAGGACAGCUACAACCCAGGUCAAGGUUUUUAUAGAUGAUGUCAAUGAUAACUCUCCACAGUUUCUGAACUUGCCUUUUUCAAUGAUGAUUUCUGAAAACUCUGAACCAGGAGAUGUUUUGUAUCAAGCAACUGCCGUCGACAGAGAUCUGGGAGAGAAUGGAUCCAUUAUGUACUCACUGGAGGAGGACUUUGACCUCUUCAGGAUAGAUCCUGACGUAGGCGAUGUAUCCCUUCAAAGGCCUCUUGACUUUGAAGCUCUGAAUAAGUAUGUGUUGACAAUCUUGGCUACAGACGAGGGUGAGCCCAGUCACAGCACAGAGGCACAGCUCAGUAUUCAAGUGAGGAAUCAAACCAAUCCAGUUUUCCAGACUCUUCUGUAUCCGCUGAAAGUCCCAGAAAAUGUGCCCCCAUUCACCACCAUCUUACACGUCCAGGCCAGGAAUCCAGAGGGAUAUUGGCUCAUUUACAACCUUGAGGAGGAAAAUGCCUCAAAACACUUCCACAUUGAUUUCAAAACUGGUGUACUGACGGUCACCAACCCCCUCGACUAUGAGAGCCAAACCAUGCAUGUGUUGACAGUUCGAGCUACUGACUCUGUGACCGGAGCUUUCUCAGAGGCCUCCAUUGAAAUAGAAGUAGAAGAUGUGAAUGAUAAUGCACCAGUAUUCUCAAAACUGACAUACUCUGUGAUCAUUGCAGAGGGGCUCCCAAUCGGCACCUCUGUGAUAAAACUUUCUGCCUCUGAUAAGGACUCAGGCAGAAAUAAAGAUCUGACCUUCGAAGUGGUGAAAACAGAGAUGAACGAGACUGAUUUAUUUGAGAUAGGCCCACAAACCGGGUUGAUUGUCACAAAACAGGUGCUGGACCAUGAAAAAACGAAACACUUUAAUUUGAAAAUCAAAGCCACUGACAAUGGCACUGUUCCUCUUAGCAGUGAAGCCUAUGUCUUCAUAAAUGUCACUGAUGUCAAUGACAACCCACCAGACUUUGUCACCUCCCAGUAUGAAGCCAAACUGGAUGAAAUGGCAAAGUGUGGCCACGUAGUCAUCAAAAUCCAAGCUUCAGAUCCCGACACUGGGGACCUGAAUAACCUCAGGUACAAAAUCCUCUCAGGGAAUGAAGGCAGGUACUUCAACAUCAAUGAAUCCUCAGGAAUAAUUGCCUUUUCUAAUGUCUGUAAGAGGAAUCUGGAUCCUUACUAUAAUCUGACAGUGGCGGUUUCAGACGGAGUGUUUCAGAAAACAGCACCAGUUAAUAUUGACAUGAUGAACAGCAACAGGCAUAGUCCGUACUUCAAGCAGAGCAUCUACGAAGCAGAACUGGCGGAAAAUGCGGAGGCAGGAACUCGUGUGAUCCGACUAGCGGCCAUUGACCCUGAUGAUGGGCCAUAUGGCAGUGUUGACUACACAAUCAUAAAUAAACUUGCUGAUGAGAAAUUUGCCAUUGACAAUGAUGGGCAGGUUAUUACGACACAACCACUGGACAGAGAGAACCCUGCCCAGAGAGUCAUAGCUAUCAAGGUGAUGGCAAAAGAUGGCGGUGGAAAAGUGGCCUUUUGCACAGUCAAGAUUAUUCUCACAGAUGAGAAUGACAAUAUUCCUCAGUUCAAAGCAUCAGAAUACCAGGUUUCAAUUCAGUCAACUGUAAAUAAAGGCUCCCCUGUCAUUCAAAUUAUGGCUUAUGAUGCAGAUGAUGGCAAAAAUGCAGACGUCACCUACACAGUUGAUGAAGCCGAAGAGGUGACCGAAGACAUCAUUGAGAUCAACCCUUUCACUGGACUUGUAAGUGUCAAAGAGAGUCUUGUUGGCAUGGAGAACAAGAUCUUCAACUUCAAAGUCAAAGCUCGUGAUGGCAGCCUUCCUUUUUAUAACUCCACAGUCCCUGUUCAGGUCAAAGUGGUUCCUCCUGAGGUUCCUCUUCCGAAGUUCUCAGAGCCUCUCUACACCUUCUCAGCUGCAGAGGACAUCCCCAUUGGGACAGAGAUAGGCUCCGUAAAGGCGGACUCUGACAUGCCCCUUAUUUAUAGCCUGGUGGACGGGAACACUGUGGAAAGCAACAAGGACAAAGUGUUCACUUUGGACAAAGAGAGUGGAACUUUGCUGUUGCAGAAAACCAUUGAUCAUGAAAAGACAAAAUGGUAUCAGAUAGAUGUGAUCGCUCAGGGGAGCCACAACGGGACUAAUGUAGCAUCUCUGGUGUCAGUCAACAUCCAGGUCCAAGAUGUGAAUGAUAACCAGCCCAUGUUUGAUGCAAACCCAUACAGGGCCUUCCUGGCUGAGAACAUGCCUGUUGGAACCACGGUUAUUCAGGUGACGGCGAAUGACCCGGACACAGACACUAACGGUCUUGUGACCUACAGCCUGGAGUCUCUACCUGAUGACACCAUGGCAGACAUCACUGAGGUGUUUUCAAUUGAUGGAGAGAGCGGCUGGAUCACCACCGUACGCCAGACAGAUUGCGAGGCGACCAGGGUCUACAGGUUCAGCGUGGUCGCGACAGACCACGGUGGAGACAUGAAGCUGUCGUCCAGUGUCCUGGUUGAGGUGACGGUGAUGGACGACAAUGACAACCCGCCAAGGUUCUCCGAUGAAGUUUACCACGGCUCGGUGGUGGAGGACAGCAGUCCUGGUGAAGUCAUUGUCUCCAUGACGACCACAGAUGCUGACAUUUCACUGGAGAACCGCCUUGUGACAUGUUACAUCACAGAUGGGGACCCUUUUGGCCAGUUUGCCAUCAUCCAGGAGGACGAGGGCGAGUGGGGUUUGAUCGUGAAGGAGCGUCUGGACAGAGAGACCAAAGACAGAUACACUCUCAAAGUCACGGCCACUGAUGGGAAGUUUGAGGCUCCAGUCGUUGUGGACGUCCAUGUGCUGGACAUCAAUGACAACAGUCCACUGUGUGAACAGCUGGUGUACACGGAGGCGGUGAUGGAAAACUCGCCCUCCAGCAUGUUUGUGCUGAAGGUUUCGGCUUCAGAUCCAGACGUGGGAGCUAAUGGCCAGAUCUCGUACACCCUCCACGGUCCUGAUGCAGACAAGUUCCAUCUUGACCACAGGACAGGUGAGCUGUUUACUCUGGCUGUGUUGGACCGGGAGCGGGAGGUUGAGUACAACCUGGUGGCGAAGGCGACGGACGGCGGCGGGCGUUCGUGUCAGGCAGACAUCCUGCUGAUGAUCCAGGACAUGAACGACAACCCGCCUCGCUUCUCCUCCAGCCACUACGAGGUCACCGUGUUCGACAACACGACUGUCCGAACUCCCAUCGCAGUCAUAUACGCCAAGGACCCAGACACUGGUAUAAACUCUGAGGUGAAGUACUCCCUCCUGGCAGGCGACAGCGGCUACUUCUCUCUGGACGAGUUUUCGGGGAUCCUGCGGCUGGAGCGACCCCUGACCCCCGACACCCCGCCCACCUUUGAGCUGAAGGUGAAGGCCACGGAUCGCGGCCUGCCUCGUCACCUCUACUCCGUCGCCACAGUGACGGUGGACGUGGUCUCCCUGGACGACUAUCAGCCCGUCUUCCUGAGCUCGGAGUACACCGCUCAGGUCCCAGAAUCCCUGGCCGUGGGGUCCGAGGUGGUGAGCGUCUCCGCCCUGACUAGAGAUGGUGGAGGACCGGAUCCUGUCUCCUACCGCAUCAUGACCGGCAACGAGGACGGACGGUUCCUGCUGGACUCACAGACAGGCCGUCUGACCCUUAUCGCACCGCUGGACUUUGAAGUUUCUCGGGAGUACUACCUCUCUGUGGAGGGAAGUCGUGGCAAGUCGUCCCUCAGCGACAUCACCACGGUGAUCAUCAACGUGACGGACGUGAACGACAACACGCCAGUGUUCGGGCGAGGCGACUAUACUGCAGAGAUAUCAGAGAAUCUGACGCCUGGACGCCUUGUAAUGAAGGUAACAGCCACGGAUCAGGACGGUCCAAUCAACAAUCUGCUGCGUUACUCCAUAGUGAGCGGAGACCCUCUGCAGCAGUUCUCCAUUCACUCUCGCAGCGGAGAAAUCACUGUCCGCACUGCACUGGACCGAGAGGAGAUCCCUCAUUACUCUCUGACAGUGCAGGCAGCUGAUGAAGGUGAUCCUCCUCUGUCCUCGGCCGUCCUCAUCACCAUCACUGUCACCGAUGUCAAUGACAACCCGCCCAUCUUCUCGCAGGUCAACCACAAUCUGCUGCUGCAGGAGGGCGAGUCAGUCGGCAGCAGCAUCCUCCAGCUUGUCGUGACGGACAAAGACACGCCCAGGAACGGACCGCCUUUCUCCUUCCACAUCGUCAGCGGCAACGAGGACCGCCGUUUCCACGUCGACCAGGGUGGCCUGCUGUCGCUCUCCGCUCCACUCAGAAAGAAGGUCAAACCCCAUCACCAGCUCAAGAUUCAGGUGACAGACAGCGGCCACCCUCCCCUCUCCUCCAUCUGUGUGGUCAACAUCAAUGUCACCGAGCAGAGCAAGUAUCCUCCCUCUGUAGUGCCUUUGGAGGUCUUCAUCACUACCUCCGGCGGGCUGUUUGCCAACCGGGUCAUCGGCAGGCUCCAUGCCUCAGACCAGGACCUGCAGGACGUCCUGGCCUACAAGCUAGUAUCAGAAAAUCCAGACAACGGGAGGUUCUCCGUGGACCUGACUGACGGCAAAAUCUGGGCGGAUGAAAACCUGGAGGAGGGCUCCUACUCCCUCAAUGUGAGCGUGACUGAUGGGAAGUUCAGCGUCUGGACUGGGGUCAGAGUUCACGUGUGGGCGGCCGACCAGAGGGCGCUGGACUCCGGCCUGACGCUGCAGCUGGUCGGGCUGUCGCCGGAGGAGUUUCUGGGCGACCACUGGAGAGGCCUUCAGCGCAGCCUAGGACAAGCUUUGGGUUUACCCAGACAAGAGCUUCACCUGGCCAGCCUCCAGCAGCUACCUGACACCAAGGUCCUGGAAACCCUGCUGGUCUGGAGGCCUCAGAAUGGACUCGUCCAGUCUCUGCCAACCAGCAGACUCGCAGGUAUUAUUUCGGACAUCGAGGACUCUCUGGGCCUCAGCAUCCUCAGGGUGAGCCACAACGGGUGUCUGGGUACCGGCUGUCCACCGCGAGGCUGCAGGAACGCCGUCCAGCUGACAGGAGAAAGAAUGAGCCAUUUCACCACCGCCAGAGCUGGUUACAUCACCCCCCGACACACCUGGGAGAGCGUCUGCCCCUGUAACGAGUCGGCGGUGAGGUUCGACGGUAAAUCCUACCUGAAGUACCUGCACAGGAUGGACGAGGACAACCAGGAUUUCAAACUGUCACUGAGGUUCAAGACUUUCCAGGACCAGGGCUUGCUCGUGUCCACCAACGGCACCAAGGACUGGGGAACUCUGCAGUUGACUGAUGGGGGGCUGCGGUUCAGCUACAGCUGUGGAAACGCCUCCCCUGAUUCCUUACUGAUCAGAUCUGAUCAAGUGUCAGACGCCCAUUGGCACGGCGUCCUGCUUGAGGUCAACUCCACCGCCCUCAGACUGACCCUGGACCGGCAACAUCCGGCCUUCACCACCCUGGCCGAGCCAUGCCGGAUGAUGCGCUCCCACGGUGCUUUGCUCUUCGCUUCUUCCACCCAGGUCACUGCUCCGGAGGUCCACCAGCAUCCUCAUAAUUUCAUCGGCUGCCUAGAGGGCCUGGAGCUCAAUGGGGAGCCAAUCAGAGCGGGUGACACGGCGGAGUGGGCCGGGCCGGGGAGCAGGAGGGUGUUUGGGGUGUACCAGUGCUGCAGCAGGGCAGGAGCCUGCGACAAUAACGCCUGUGAGAAUGGAGGGGUCUGCGAGGAGGACGCCAGCGGAGAGCCGCGCUGCAGGUGUGCAGGACUCUUCCACGGCACCCGCUGCGAGCUGCCUGACAACCCGUGUGCCUCCCAGCCAUGUGCCCACGGCAGGGUGUGCAUACCCAAGGCUCAAGGUUACAUGUGCAACUGCUCGCUGGACAACGCCGAAGCACGGUGCCACAAUCAGGUAGAAGUCUGUUCGCCCAAUCCGUGUCCAGGAGGCUUUGAUUGUAAGGUUACUGAUGGCUCCAUCCACUGCGACCCGCUGCCUCAGGUGUCUCCAGUGAUCGGUUAUAUGGAAAUCAUGGAGAUCAGUGCCAGUGUGCUCGGAUUGCUCUUCCUGGUUGGCAUCUUUGUUUGCGUCAGGAAACGCUACGUUCAGCAGAAGAAGAAAAAACCUGUCUGUGUCCAGGACUCCAAUGGCUACUUCCAGCACAGCCUGGCCAAGAGCCUCAAAGCCGACAACCAGGAAGUCAACCCCAUAGAGAUGAGCUCAUUGGUCGGUCCCAUCAACGACCUCGACCACACGCCGUUCAGGUCGCUUCGCCCACGAAGCCAGAUCAGUUCGUCAGGAGGUGGGGUUUCCUCUCAGAAGACACAGGGGCCGGUCGUGUGCAGUGUUGCCCCCAACCUUCCCGCCAGGCCACCGUCCAGCUCCGACAAUGACUCCAUCAGGAAGAACCACUGGGAUAUGGACUAUGAAGUCUAUCCGGCAGACCCUGACUAUUAUGGCCGCCCAGCAGUCCAGGAGUUCCCCCAGUUUGACAUCGUGGAGGACACUUACUCCACCUCCACCAUGGAUUCCCGUCGGAACUCUCGAUUCGGUGGCUUUCCAUUCCCACUGGACCGCUGCGACCGCCGCGCUCCCCUGCCACCCUGCUACAGCAACCAGAACCUGGACGACUUCCUGGGUCCUGACGGGCUCCCGCUUCCCAGCUCCCAGUGCCCCAACGAGUACACCGCCAUCAGCUACUACCCCACCCAGCACACCCGCAGCCUCGACAACGUCUCAGGAGGCUACAAGAGACUCAGCAUGCGUCUAAGCGUGGCUAUGCCAUCAUAUGCUGAGCAGGCCAGCCCGCCGUCGGCGACAAAUCCCGCCCAGCCUCAAACGAGACCGGCAGGGCAGAACCCGCGCAGCUACGACGGGUCAAGCAUGGUGGAGAGCGAUUAUGGGAGCUGCGAGGAGGUGAUGUUUUAGGACCAACUUCUGGUUCGAAGCCUGCAUCCUUUUGUGGCAAUUUGCGUCCUUUCCAGUGAUAAUUCACUUCUAGUUUCACAUGAACCCAAACAGUGUAAGUACUGUCCACUGUGUUCUACUACUCCAUUCUAAGGCAGCUUUGUGUAUAAGUACACUUUCAGAUUUCAGACUCAGCAGCUCAGCAGUCUCUCACUGUGAGAACGAGUCUUUUUCCACCCUGAUGGAGAUGAAAGCACCAUGUGAAACAACAGUUCUGCCAUCUUUUAUUUGUUUAACUUUUUGAAGUGGUGUAGUCUUGCUGUGCCAGACUAGACGGGGGUAAUUGAGGACUCCUCGGUUACCUCUGCGGAAGAAGUUCAGCAGAAGUUCAUCCCUUUGUCAAAGAGCCUCGCCGAGAGCAUUCGCUCACUUGUUCGGGUUGUGGAAUCAUGAACAGUAUUACUGACUUGACUGUGGACUGUUUCAAAGUCAAAAUAAGGCAAAACUCAAGACUUUUUCUUUUUUCUCAACAUGGGAGAAUCUGACUCUCUGCUUUCGAAACAUGCCCAAAAAACAUCAGUCUCAGCUGUUUAUGAUGCACAGUUUGAUGUGAUCGAACGUGCGACAGCAGGCACGAGGAAAACACAGUUGCCAUGACAGUGGCAAGCAUGACAUUCAGACAACACCGCUCGUUCAGAAAUGCCUUUCUGAUGAAAUCCUGAUAAAGCAGCUUUGAUGAGGACUGUUGCAUUGUAUGAAAGGUAAAUCACAGACGGGGUUUAUGAAUAAAAGAGCUGCAGGAAUGUCAGAAAACACACAGGUUUAACGUUGGCCCACUAUUUCAAAUCUAAAACGUACUUAAAAUGACACAUUUCAUGUAGGAUAAACAUUUCAUUGAACUCUUCUGCUCUGUUGUUUAUGGUUGUUGCCUGUUACAAAGAAGGGGGCUGGAUCCUCAUAAAAGAAUUAAAUCCUUAAACAAGAAGGGCAAAGCGAGGGAAGUUGUGACACAGAUGUAUUUUAACUUUUAGUGUUGCUAGUAUCAAUGCUGUUGACACUCCUGUAAAUUCUGUAGAUUUUGAAUCUGUAUGCAUCUCCUUGUGGAUUAGAAUAAGUGUGAACUAGAUUACACUAUUUUCUUAGGAGGAGACGUUUGUGUUUGUGAUCAAGUGCAGCUCUGCAGUGUUGCUGCCCUUCAUGAUAAAGGGAACACUUAAUGUAGAGUAGUUUUUGCAGCACUAAAGAAAUGUCUAUGCAGCCAUUUUAAAUGGUAUAAAUAUGCAAGCCUAAGAUAAAAGAAAUGCUUGUUUUAGUCAAGAACUUGUACAGAAUGCAGAAUAUUAAGAAGUGAAUGUGUUAUACUGAGUAGUAGAGUCAAUGAACAGCCUUUUCUAAAAUCAACUGUUUGACAGUGAAGAGCCAUGAUAUUUAAUUAAAUAACUGACAAAUUUGUACACACAAUCAUUUCAUCAAAAGUUCUUUUAUAAAGAAUUUAGAGCAACAGCUAAUGAUUGUCAUUAAUCUGCCAAUUAAGAUGGAACCAGCAAUCAUUUUGCAUUUUUGCUUCAAAAGUGGGUUCUUAAACAAUUAUUUUCUGUUCAACUAUUCAUUUCAGCUUUCAUCUGUUAAUAAAUUCGUGUAUAAAAGUGAAAAAUGAUGCAAAAACGGCAACGACAACCAAAUUCCUUAUUGUCAGAUUAGAAGCAAUGUAUGUACAUGGAGAAAAACAGGCAAAUGGUCAAAUUUCAGGAGCUGUUACUGGCACUAAAACGGAGGGUUUCUAACAUGCAUGUUGGGUAAUUUAGGACGUUGGACUUUUGUGUGACUUUUCAAUUUUAUUGUUGUUCCACAAUUAAUUCAAUCCACGACCAACUCAAUAACAUUUCAAGCGUAAAAGUCUUCAGGGAGUGUUUUCUAAUUGACUUAACUCAGGGAAACAAUGGAUUGUCCCUUUUAAUAAACUGAGCAAACAUACAGUAUGACAGUCCAUGCACUUUGUUUAGGUACAACACAUAUGUUAGCAUAACAACCAGUGUCAGCAUGUGAUUAUACAGUCCAAACAACACAGAGCCUUAAUCAGGCGGUUUGUGAAUUCCAGGGCAGACAGACGGCCUCAAAGAUCAGAUCUAAAAGACAAAUCGGAUUUUCCAGCUGUUUGGACAGUUUGUGUUUUGGCAAACGAUGGGGUGCAGGGUGAAUGUGUACACAGUGUUUACUGCUGCUUCCAUGUAAACGUGCUGAGGAUGCAGAUGAUGCUCGUAGUAUCAAAGCUCGCAUCAACUGAAUUUUUACACAGCUCCUGAGGCUGGGGAGAUAAACAAGUCAUGAGAGCACUGCUUGUACUCGAAGAAGGCAUUUUGUUGUAAUGUGUGUGUUAAUGGACAUGAGUGUAGUUCAGACAGGGGUGGAAAGUCACAGAAAAAACUGUUUUUGAUGUAAGUCUGUCAUGCAUUUGUAAUGUCCUAACCCAUCUGGCACCAUAAUGGACUAAAUCAAAGCACACAUGCUGCAAAUAUUAAUACAUGACUAGUCACUGGUGUUUUUACUGCAGUCUUGCUGAGCUGCUGCUUAGCUUUGGCACCAUUUUUAAAACAAAAGAAGACGGAAAGAAAUUGGUGCUUGGAAGCAAAAUUCAAGACGCAUUAAGAAAGACUUACGCUGAACGUGCAGCAUUGUGAAAUUUAACGGAUUUCAGCUGUUUAUCUAAUGCACACAGGCCAAAUCUUUCUUGUCUGAAAUGGGAAACCAGUCCUGUAGCAAAGCAUAUAGCAAGUAUAUUUUACAAUCACAACAAACAGGACCAAAGAAUCAUGCAAGACACAAUAACUGCACAAUCAUCCAACCGGAGUAUCCUGAAAUGUCAGUAAAGGAAUACUAAUUGUGUACCAAGAGUUGGAAAAGAAGAUCAAUAUCAGUUUUAUCUCUUCAAGCUCAAUGGAGAAGAACUGUAGCUUUGUGUUCAUUAAAUUGCUUGUAUCCAUCAGGAUAAAAGAAAAUGCCUUGCAGAAACUGUUUAUAUGUUGUAUUACAGUAAGAAAGCUGUUCAUAAAUCUAUUGAGCUUCUCACUGAGGACAGAACUUUUGAUACGCUGCUACAGCCUCUGGAUCCAACUGUUCUGGCUCAGCUCUAAUACAUGAGUGAACUACUUUUAAAACUACAAUAUCUCACUUUCUAUUUCCACACAUACAGCAUGCAAUAUGCAGCUGGGAUGAUAUGCUAACUACCAAUUAGAUAUUACUAAGAGUUGGGUGGUAAAUCAAUAUGCAUUGCCAUUAUGAAGACGUGACAAGACCAUGGGACAAAGCUGAAUCACAUACUCCUAGAGACUGUAAAAAUAAUUUUUUAUUUACAGUCUCUAUAAUUAUUUCAGCAGCAUCGUAGCCAUACUGCAUAUAAAAGUGGCCAUAAAGUACAUUGUGCAGUAAACUGCUACAGUUUAGCUGUUACUGCUCAUCAAGUUAGUGCCAUAAGAAAAGUCAAAGUAAAAUUAGAUGCACGAAUGUGAGACAUUAACAUCCCUAACAUUUACAACUGAACCCUGGGCUUGACUGCAAGGUAAAUCAAAAGUACAACAGAAUGGUUAGCUCGUGCUAUAAGAUGAACAUACUGUACCUCUCCUGGCAUGCACCCAGUGGUGGCUGGAAAUAUAUGCCUGUAAAUAUUAGCCGUUUUUAUGUCAAGUAUGCUCAGUAAAGUAGACCGUCUGUUAAGAUAAUAUUGUUGCGGUUGCAAUGCUAAUUUACCUUAACGUGUUCUCAUUUUGUGUUAGCAUCGAGCUAGCUAAGUGUUAGGUAUAUUAUUGAUUUUUAGCCACACACCCCUCCCCCUCAUCCUUUGUGUUAAGUUAAUCAGAUGACAGAGCUGCUUCUGUUUUGACCUGAAGAGACAAAACUCAUACUGAUCUUCUCAUCCAGCUCUUGCUAAGUGCAAAUAUGCAAAUUCCAAAAAUGUUUAGAGUAUUCCUUUAAAUGACUGCGUCAAUGCAAAUAACAGAGAAAUGAGAAAUACAUUUUCUUGCAAUUAAAAGAAUUCCAUGAAUCCAGUCUUGCUUAGCCAGAGAAAACGUUGAAGAAGAAGAUGAAGAUUCCUUUACUGUCACAUACAAUCAUGCUUAGUACCACAUGGUGACAUUUGUUCACACAGAGCUCCACUGAGCCACCGUGCUGCUCUAAACCCUGAAUAAUGGGAGACAGAGCUCAAUUCAACAAACUCUAGAAACUAUGAACCACUCUCACAGAAGACAGUGUUAAGCUCAUGCCACAAAGACGGCAAAUUAUUAUCAAGAAAAACUAAUAAGAAAAAUUAGCAUUUGCGCCUUAAAAAAGCCUUUUGAAGUUAAUAUCCUGGAUGAACAACAUAGGCCUUAAUGAAAUCAAACUUCUGUGUUUUCCAUCAUAAAUCUGACAGUGAAUUUCUGCUGCCUUUGUUGUUCCAGUCAAAGCACUGUAAGGCAAUUUUGGUUUUGAAGAUCAUGGAAAGUGUGUUGCAUCAUAACCAAAAGCAGGCAGUUUUAAUCGCCUAAAUAUACACGCUAAGCCGACGCUUUCAUUUGAGUAACUCUAUUCCUGCUGUUCUCACAUGAAUCUUGUUUUGUAGGUCAAUGUCAUGCCCACUUCAGAUUUUGAACUUAUUCUAUGAAAUCUGAGAAUGUGUAAUUAAACCCUGUUGAACUGCCAUUGUUGUUGUAUGCUGUGGGUUAAUGUACAGUGUCUGCCUAUCACACAUGGUUUAACUGUGACUGCUGUGUUUGUAUAAUCUACAGGUAUUGUGUUGUACAUACAGUAUUUAUCUGUGUGUUGCUGUUGUAGGUUGUUGUUUGUGCAGAACAUGACUUUACCUGAAUGUAAGUUGCAUUUGUUUUCAUUUAUUUCAUUCAUAAAGUUUAUUUUUGUAUCAAUGUGGGCCUCCCCAUGUUUUGCUCUGUUGUUUCUCUGUGAGAGAUUUUAUUAAGAUGCCGUCUUUCUGUUUUGUUUUUCAAUAUUGUAAAGAGAAUAUGAAUAAAGAUAUUAUCUUCUACGAACAUCGA